GCCUGACUUUGGAGACCAUAUCCGUCACCCCUACAACUCCUAUAUAAACCAGAGAUUCCACCAUAAAAUCUCCACACAUAACUAGCAGCAACUUAGAAGAAGAAGUAUAAUACAAAGAAGAGAAAAUAAUGGAAUCCAUCCAGUUCAAUCAAACGGUAGCCAAUUCUUCGAGCACUAUAACCCCCAUGAUGGCCUUUCUUGCGUCGGAUGAGAUGCUCGGCACCUUCGUCCCCAUUGCUGUUUAUUGGAUAUAUUCAGGCAUCUAUGUCAUGCUCGAUGAUUUGAACCAGUACAGGCUUCACACAAAGGUUGAAGAGGAAAAGAAGAACAUCGUUUCAAAGGGAACCGUUGUGAAGGGCGUCCUCCUUCAGCAAGCUUUCCAAAUAGCCAUCUCCCUCUUCCUCUUCACGUUCAAGAACAGCGACAGAAGCUUUAUCCUGCGUCAACCUUCUCUUCGGGUGAUCUUCCUCCAGUUCAUCGUCGCCAUGGUGGUGAUGGACACAUGGCAAUACUUCAUGCACCGACUCCUCCACAUGAACAAGUUCCUGUACAAACAUAUCCACUCCAAACACCACGCCCUCGUCGUCCCCUACCCCUAUGGAGCUAUGUACAACCAUCUUCUUGAAGGGCUCAUCCUCGAUAUCAUUGGGGGAGUUCUCUCCUUCCUUGUUUCAGGAAUGACACCUCGCACUGCUAUCUACUUCUUCUCCUUCACCGCCAUUAAAAGCGUCGACGAUCACAGUGCGAUGUGGCUUCCUGGAAAUUUGUUACAUGUUUUCUUCAACAACAACAGUGCGUAUCAUGAUAUCCACCAUCAGCUCUAUGGAACAAAGUACAAUUUCUCUCAGCCAUUCUUUGUCACUUGGGAUAAGAUCCUUGGAACUCACAUGCCUUUCACGCUUGAGAAGAGAAAGGAGGGAGGAUUCGAGGCUAGACCAAUUAAGAAGAUAAAUUGGUCGUAAGAAUUGUUCAGUAGCAUACCUUAAUUAAGCUUCUUCUUCUUCCUGGAUAUUAAUUUAGAAAAAAAUAGUAUAUAUAUUUAUAGUCAUGAACACAAGGUAAUUAAUAUAGUUAUGCACCGCUAUAGUUAGUCAAUUAUGAAGAUGUAUGUGAUUGAAUUGAGUAAUGAAAUGUUAAUUAAUCUUGAGCUUUACUUUUGUCA